AUGUCUCAAAACAAUGGAGGAAGUCCCCCUGGUGGCAACAGCAACAACAACAACAACAACAACAACAACAACAACGACAACAACGGCAACAACGGCAGCAACAAUGCCAACAACAACAUCCUCGGCGAGUUCAGCUUCAACAUUACAUCACAACCAAGCCAGCAACAACAACAGCAGAACCCUCAACUUGCACAAGCCGAUCCCCGGGAAGAGCAAUCUCGCAACAUCAACAACACGUUCCACCACCUUUUCGGCGAGGAGCCCACACUCGAUGAACUGAAUCGAUUCUAUCGGGAAACUUCGGGGCCUGCGGUACCCAAUGUACCCAAUGUACCCAAUGUACCCAAUGUACCCAAUGCCAAUGGUCCCCCUACUGAUAUUUUGUAUUUGUUCCAAAAUGUCCGCCAUAUCCCUCGACUCCCCGUACCCGCCCCACGCAGCAAUGCCCCUGUCGGCGGUCCAGUGGUGCAGACGGCGGCGAAUAAUCCUGCUCCUUCUGGUAUCCACGAUCCUUUAUAUCAGGCAAUUGUCGAAGUUAUAGCAUGUCUACGUGACAUUGUAGAUUCCAUAGACAACGUGAUAGAUUCGCAUCAGGAUGGCUCCUCUUCUUCGAAUUCUUCGACUUCCCCGGGUCCUCCGACUCCCCGGGGUUCUUCAGAGUCUUCCCACCAUUCCGACCACUCAGAUCCUCCGGACCAUCCAGAUUACCCGGACUUGUACACCCGGGGUCGUCCUUCGUGUAAUACGCCCCCGAAUUCUCCAAACCUUUCAACUUUUUCGACAGCUGAGACUUUUGUAAAUGGGGAUGAUUCGGACUAUCCGGAUUUUGCGGACGACGAAACCUACUUCGACAGCACCAAAGGCGAGGCUGGUGACGACAGGGUCAGCGAGUAUGACAUGUGGGACUAUCCCUGGGAUAUGCCCAUCGACGAGAUGCUAGAGGACAUGGCAGCAAGCGUCCCCCGUCCCCCCAGCCGCCCAGCCCCCCGCCACCCCCAGUGCCAAUGUCCCCUAUGUCGACGCCCCUCACGGCCACGUCCACAUUCUCUGCACAACUCUAACGCCACACAAGAGCCUCAACCAAGACAACGCCGACAUUCGAUCUAA